UCUAUGGUGGAAAACGCAAUCUUAGGGAAAACAAAAAAUAAAAAAUAAAAAAUUUUGAUUAAAAGAAAGAGGCAGUCUCUCCAGUACCCACUCGUGUUUUUGUUCUGCUACUAUCGCCUUCUCUCACGAAGAAGAAUUUAACACAAAGAGAGAGUGCGAGUAAAGGGGACAGUAGACGCCUAAACGGCGGACGACGGUAGCGCCGGGCCCUAGUUUUGCGGCCUGGUUCGGUAUUAUGGAUUCUUCUACUUUAUCCCUCUUCCAAGGUCGCUUCUUUCCCACGGCAAUUAUGUUUUGAUACCCAGUAAAAGAUCGAUUCGUGAACUUUCAAAUUAUCUUUCUUAUAUAUUUAUCGGAAUUAUUCAUAACACUGACAUACCUUAAAGGAAGUCAAGCGCUUCUUCGAUUAUCCUCCAUUAUAGCAGAUCGAUUUGAUUUCAAAUCGAAGAAAAAGAAGAGUGGAGGAUUUUACCGUGGAAAGAUGCUAUCUAUUUUGAGAUUCUCUGGAUAUUUUUCAGCCGCAACCUUGUUGAUUGUUUUAUCUCUUUCUUUUCAAUCGUCUCCUCCUGCAGAAGCCAUUAAAUCCUCCCAUUUGUACUCCAUUGAUUCACUAAAUCCUUUUUCAUUUCGAAAAGCGUCGAUAUUUCGCAAUGCUGAUGAAUGUGGCUCCACUGCCAACAAAAUCACCGGUAGAACCGGUGUUUGUGAUCCCUCGCUGGUUCAUGUCGCCAUUACUCUCGAUGUUGAGUACCUCCGUGGCUCAAUCGCAGCGGUUCAUUCCAUUUUGCAACAUUCAAUGUGUCCAGAGAGUAUUUUCUUUCACUUCUUGGUCUCAGAAACCAAUCUGGAAAACCUAGUGAGAUCCACUUUCCCUCAAUUGAAGUUCAAGGUUUAUUAUUUCGAUCCAGAAAUUGUUCGAAACAUGAUCUCCUCUUCUGUUAGACAAGCGCUUGAACAGCCCUUAAAUUAUGCCAGAAAUUAUUUAGCUGAUCUGCUAGAGCCAUGUGUUGGUAGAGUGAUUUAUUUAGACUCUGAUUUAGUGGUUGUUGACGAUAUUGCAAAACUCUGGACAACAAGCUUGGGUUCAAAAACAAUCGGUGCUCCGGAAUACUGCCACGCGAACUUCACCAAAUAUUUCACGGCGGCAUUUUGGAGUGACAGAAGAUUUUCUUCUACUUUUUAUGGAAGAAGACCUUGUUACUUUAACACCGGAGUGGUGGUUAUAGAUCUGGUAAAGUGGAGACAGGCUGGGUACACCAAAAGAAUCGAGAGGUGGAUGGAGAUCCAGAAGAGUGACAGGAUCUAUGAACUCGGCUCACUGCCGCCGUUUCUUUUGGUUUUCGCCGGAAACGUGGCGCCGAUUGAACACAGGUGGAACCAGCAUGGUUUGGGUGGAGAUAAUGUGCGUGGCAGCUGUCGUGACCUACAUCCUGGUCCCGUUAGCUUACUACAUUGGUCCGGUAGCGGAAAGCCUUGGAUUAGGCUUGACUCUAAGCGACAUUGCCCCCUUGAUACAUUAUGGGCACCAUAUGAUUUGUACGGCCACUCACAUUGAAUCAGCAUCCUCUUUUUCUUGGUGGCACAUGCUGGUAAGGUUAGAUGGCUCUAGAAGAGGGAGAGAAGUGGACAUCAGAUCAGAGAUGGCCUUCCGACUGAUCCAGGGGCAUUGCAUUGCCUGAAACUAAACUUCAAGUGUAUGGCUUUUGUAUAAUCAACUGUUAUACAUGGAGAUUGAACUGUGGAGUUAACAAAUUGAUCUGAUGCGUUGAAGGUGGAUAGAAGUGGGUAAUUCUUUUUGUUCAUUGGUUUUUUGGAUGGAGAGAGUAAAUGUUAGUCUUAGUGCCCUACAGCUAAUGGAUUAUGCGUAAAAAAAAAUUGACAAUUUUGCUACAAUAAAAUCGAGUUGUUUAUCUA